AUGGAAUUUAGAAAGGCUUCCAAAGCUACGGUCCCGGUUCAAUCGAUUCCGUGGAAACGGGGCCAUGAGUUUAAAAGGUCUUUCGGCGCAGUUGCAUUUAUCUUCGGUCUCUCAACUAUUAUCUACGUCUUCACUUUCCUCUGUAAUGAUGUGUCUGGCUGCCCUGCCCCGUCGCUGCUCGAUCCAUCGACAUUUUCCAUCGAUAAGUUAAAGGACGAAGCUGGUUGGCCUCAAGACGGUCUCAAAGCUUUUUUUGACGUGCGAGUGACCUUGUGGGUGCUGAGUUACUACUUUCUCAGUCUGAUUUUGUACGUGUUUCUACCUGGCGAGGUGGUUGAGGGCACGGAAUUAGCCUGCAAAGGGAGGCUUCGGUAUAAGUUUAACGGUAUGGACCCCUGGAUGCUCUUUUUAUGGUAUCUUUCUAAUCGGGUUCCAGCGUUUUCUUCUGCCAUUUGUAUCCUUUCUGGUUUAGCUCUGGGCACAUACGUGUACGGUGCUGAUUUCAUUAUAUGGGUUUUUAUCUGGGACAACUACUUGCAGAUUAUCACGGCCAACUUGAUAAUCUGUAUGGCCCUCGCCACCUUCGUUUAUGCAAAAAGUUUCUCGAUCCCGGAGCCUGGUCAACUCAAUCCUGAACUAAGAGAGUUGGCACCGGGUGGCCACACCGGAAAUGCUCUGUAUGACUUCUUCAUAGGCCGGGAGCUGAAUCCGCGGAUACAACUGCCUGUUCCUUUUGUCGACGAGGCCUCACGAACAAUCGAUAUUAAUGUAUGGUGUGAGAUGAGGCCAGGACUACUUGGAUGGAUCAUAUUGAACUUGUCCAACAUGGCCCGCCAAUACAGAACGUAUGGCUACAUUUCAAACUCUAUCGCACUCUCGACCGCAUCCCAAACCUUCUAUGUGCUGGAUGCGCUGUACAUGGAACGAGCAGUUCUAACUACGAUUGAUGUGAUUAUGGAUGGAUUCGGUUAUAUGCUCUCUUUUGGACACCUGGUAUGGGUACCUUUCAUCUACAAUCUGCAAACCAGAUAUCUUGCGGUUUUCCCACUAGAAUUGUGCUUGAGAGAUAUUCUGUUACUUCUGACCGUUACCGGUGUGGGGUACUCGAUCUUCCGCGGAGCCAACAAUCAAAAGAACCGUUUCCGUACGGACCCCAACGACACCCGUUUGAAGCAUAUCAAACACAUCCAGACAUCAAGUGGCUCCAAGCUGAUGAUUUCCGGCUGGUGGGGAUUAGCGCGCCACAUCAACUACUUAGGCGACUGGCUGAUGUCGUGGUCGUAUUCAUUGCCUACCGGGGUUUCCGGCUAUAUCAUGAUUGAAAGUAUUAACGGCGCUGGCGACAUACAGAAGCAGGCCGUACAGACCCCUAAAGUCCGCGGCUGGGGAAUCGUUUUCACCUACUUCUUCAUGCUUUAUUUUGGUAUUCUGCUCAUCCACCGGGAGGCGCGUGACGAAGAAAAGUGCAAAAGGAAAUAUGGCGCCGACUGGAAGCGCUAUACGUCGAUCGUUCGCAGCCGCAUUGUCCCCGGCCUUUACUAG